GGAAAGGCUGCAGGUAACGGCGGCCGUGUUAGUGUCACGCCUUAGAGAUUUAUUUCUUAGGCUCUUUGGGAUUGUUUGUUUGUUUGUUUGUUUGAGUCUUCAGAGAGGCAAGAGUAAUUUCUCCCCUCCACUGUUGGGAAUCUGAGAUUCUGUUACUCCCAGAGAACCCCCUUUCCCGCAUCUUUUCCUUUAUACCUUUACUUUUCUGCGGGCUAGACUCGCCCUCGGUCCUCCAAGACGUCUCGCCGUUUUAUUUGAUUUUAGUUCUGUUCUUUGAGAGAAUCCCAGCCCCGGAGUUAUCUUUCCUUCCCUCUUUAGCGGAUCCCCGCCCGCCUCCAUCCUCGUCCUCGGUCUGAGGCAUGGAGCCUCACGGCUCUCGGGAAUCCCCACCCCGGGAGGGCUCUUCCUUUCCUGGACGGUGGCCUUCCUCCGCCCUCGGACAGGCCUUCUCCCAGAUCUUGCACCAGUUUGCCGGCCAGGAAUCCCGACGGGGCAAGGCCAGAAAUGCAGCUCUUCGGGACCUCAGUGCUCUACUAGAAGCCAAAGAAUGUGAUCAGUUAUUUGAGGGGAGUGACACCUCGCUCCGUGGAAUGCCCGAGAUGCUGGGGCAGGUGGCAAAAGCCCUGGGGAAGUACGCAGCUCCUCCCGAGGGGCCGGAAGGGGGAAGUGAUCGUCACUCCGAAGUGGCCGAGAAAGCGGCAGCAGUUGGGUUACUCUUCCUUAAGCUGUUGAGGAAAGUUGAGACCGCUAAGAAUUCCUUGCUUUGCCCUGCAUGGAAGGCAGGCCUCCGUCACUUGGCAGGACCCAUCUAUAUUUUUGCCGUCACACACAACUUGGAGCAACCGUGGACCAGCCCAAAAUCUCAGGGCGUCGCUGGACAGGUGCUCGCCUUACUGCUUCAGGUUACUGAGUGUGGUUCUGUGGCUGGAUUCCUCCACGGAGAAAAUGAAGAUGAGAAAGGGAGAUUUACUGCGGUCAUGGGGCUUCUCAAACCCGAUUUGAAUAAGGACUCCUGGAAGAAUAACCCAGCCACCAAACAUGUUUUCUCAUGGACUCUGCAAAAGGUCACUCGACCCUGGCUGAGCCAACAUCUGGAAAGGGUACUUCCCCCAUCAUUGCUCAUCUCAGAUGACUAUCAAACCGAGAACAAAAUCCUGGGUGUCCACUGCCUCCAUCACAUUGUGCUAAAUGUGCCAGCUGCUGAUUUGCUGCAGUACAACAGGGCCCAAGUCCUAUACCAUGCCCUUUUCAACCACCUGUACACACGGGAGCACCACCUCAUUCAGGUAAUGGCUGUGCUCCUGUGUCUGCUGGAUUUAUUCCCCAUCCUGGAGAAAGCCCUGCACUGGAAGGGAGAUGCAGCCCGACCCACCACACACUGUGACGAGGUCCUGCAGCUGAUCCUGAUGCACAUGGAGCCCGAGCACCGCCUUCUGUUACGCAGGACUUACGCAAGAAACCUACCGGCUUUUGUGAAGAGGUUGGGGAUCUUAACUGUCCGGCACUUGAAGAGGCUGGAGCGAGUCAUCAUUGGUUAUCUGGAGGUUUAUGAUGGACCCGAGGAGGAGGCUAGAUUGAAGAUACUGGAAGCCCUAAAACUUCUCAUGCAGUAUACUUGGCCCAGAGUUCCCUGUAGACUUGUGGUCUUACUGAAGGCUCUCUUGAAACUGAUAUGUGAUGUAGCAAAGGAUUCAAGCCUCACACCCGAAUCUGUUAAGAGCGCCUUGUUAGAAGAGGCCACAGACUGCCUGAUUCUCCUGGACCGCUGCUCUCAAGGACAGGUGAAGGGUCUCCUGGCUAAAAUCCCCCAAAGCUGUGAAGACAGUAAGGUGGGGAACUAUAUCCGAAGAGUGCAGCAGGUUUCUGAAGGCGAUCCCUACGAUGCAACUUAAGACUUGUAUUACUUUCCUGAAGAGAAAAGAUUUUCUUUCUGUUCCAGUUGUUUUAAAUGGAAUUAUUUCAGGAAAAAGGUAUAUUUAUA